AUGUUCUCAUUGAGAUAUCGACAUAAUACAACUGAUAUUUUAGUCAAUACAACUCAAAGUUAUUUUACAUCCCAUUUAUCUUAUUUUCUUGUUUCUAUUUGCUUUGAUCAUACGUCUAUGGCAUUCAGGUGUACCACAGUUUAUCACGUGGGGACAAUGAUUGAUAAUCAUCCAUCCAUUCAUAGUCAAAGUGAAUUGAUUUUAGCUCAACAAAUCAAUUGGACUUUAAGAAAACAAUUUUAUAUUGGAUCAUCACCUCCAUUGGCUACCUUGAUGUAUACUAGUUUAGCAAAACUGACUGGUUAUCAUGGUAAUGAGUCCAUCUUAUAUGCUGGCCAAAUAUUGAAAGAGUUUCCAUUAGCAACAUUAAGAUAUUGGACGAUGAUCAUCAGUGCUCUUACUAUUCCAGCCAUUUAUACACUUAUCUGUAUUCUCGGUCGAUCACAUACAACUGCUCUUUUAACAUCAAGUUUUCUGUUAUUAGAGAAUAGCAUGGUGAUCCAAUCAAGAUAUAUUUCUGAAAACCCUCUAUGCAUACUGUUUUGUUGCUUUGCUGGUUGUAGUUUCUUUUAUUCCCAACCAACAGUAACAAGUCGGCAAUGUUUGACAGGUAUAUUGCUCGGUUGCGCUUUAUGUACAAAAUGGCAAGGUGGUACUACGAUCGCUUUUUUCCUCGUUAUUGCCAUUUAUGAAUGGUGGCAAAAAAUAGGUGAUCCUGCUACUCCAAUGAAACAAUCAAUGGUAUACAUAGGUGUACAAUGUCUAACUUUACUGAUAUUACCUAUGAUUGUUUAUGUUUUAUUAUUUCAAUGUCAUUUUCAAAAAAUCCCUGGUGCAGGUGAUCAUGAUCUAUUUUUAGCAUCUGAUCUUCGUUAUUCUUUAAAGGGAAACACAUUUGAUCCUGUUCAACAAUCUGUUGCUUUUGGAUCACAUGUAGUAUUAAAGCAUGUUGGGACGAACAACGGCUAUCUUCAUUCUGACAAUAAAAUAUUUGAAUCUGGAAGUCAUCAGAAUCAAGUAACGGUAUAUCCCUACGAAGAUUUAAAUAAUAUUUGGGUGAUACAAAAGGUAGAUGGUAAAAUAUAUGAUGGACCUCCCGAUUAUCUUCGCAACAACUAUGCUUUCAAGUUGGAACAUUACGCAUCCACUCGUAAAUUACAUUCUCAUGAUCAAAAUGCACCCAUCCAUUCAGGUGAUGGUUUCUAUGAAGUAACAUCGUACGGCGACCCUUCUGUGGUGAAUGAUGGCAAUGAUUUAUGGUGGAUUCGUAUCGUGGAGGAUGAUGAUGGUUACGACACUGAUAGUGAUGAACCUAUCCAUGCAUUGACAACUCGAUUUCGACUUUUACAUCAAAGAGGAUGCUAUCUCAGUAGUCACUAUCAACCUUUACCUCUUGCUGAUGGUGCUCAACAAGAAGUCACAUGUAUGGCAGGAGCUAAAAGUACUGUUUCUGCCUGGGUUUUUGAAUACACUCAUCAUCCCGAUUUGGAGGGAGAGACACCAAUGAUUCAAUAUGAAAAACCAACCUUUUUCUCUAAAUUCCAAUAUGUUCAUCAUCUAAUGAAGAAUUACAAAAAAGUAGUAUAUGAUCGACUAUCUUCUGUUGAAGCGGAUGAUGUAGAGUAUGUAAAUACCAUGAUGUAUUAUGAUGAACUCCCUCAACCUUGGACAUGGUUACGAAGAUUACAUGCACAAUUAAUAUGGGAUGAUUUGACAGGUAGAUCAGUGUAUAUUAUACUUCAUCCUCUCUUGCGUCAUAUUACACUAGUGACUCUUGUUCUUAUUCCUAUCAUCGCCUUUUUCUCUUCAUUAUUUUCCCAACUUCAGUGGAAACGGGCUAGUAUGUGUUGUCAACAGUUUUUGGCAGGAAAUGAGAUUCAAACAGCCACCAUAGCAUUAGUAGGGGUGGUUUUCCAUACCGCCGGAAUUGGAUUAUGGCCAGCUCACACUAUCACCCUAUCAGAUAUGUUUCCUUGUUUGAUGUAUGGGACAAUUGCAUUUACAAGUUUACUCGAAUGGCUCAUAGUAUCCUCAAAAAAUCAUCAUCAUUGUCGCUCAAUGACUGAUGUUACAAAUCACCAUAAUAAGUUGACACUCAUGAAUUACAUAGGAAAAACAAAUUAUCUAUGGAUGAUGAUGAUGAUGAUUUUAAUUCUUCUUCAUGUCGGGCAGUUCCUUUCCUGGUCAUCAUUCAUGGACGGAUCAUCCGCUUGGACAAGUACCCAAUGUAAAAUGUAUGAUAUUAAAGGGAUGGAUUGUGAUAAAUAUCCUCUUCUACCAACCCCAUCUACCAGAUCCUUGACAGAAUUGAUCCAUAAGAAAAAACUCACGGACGAUGAUGAUGAUGAUGAUGAUGUUGAAAAAAAGAAUGAUAUGAUAGAAAGUCGAUUCAUCAUGAUGCCUGGUUCAGUACUUCGGUAUGAUUUUGAUCGUGGACAAGAAAUCAAGGCAGAGAUGGAUAUUGCAAGCAAACGUGAAUCUGCCUACAUAGAAGCCAUGGCCAAUUUGACUUUACCUUCUUUUCGAUAUAUGCGCCCGAUGUACACACCAGGCCCUAAUUUGGAAGACAUUACUUCUUUAAGACAUUAUGUGUAUCUUCGUAUCAUGAAAGAUGAAGGAUAUGAUGAUGAUGAUGUGAAUCAAGCGUAUCGACAACCACAUCGAAAAUUAAAAGGAAAAGGGAAGAAAAAGAAGAACAAGAAAGGCAAAAAAGUAAAAGGGAAACCAAAAGCCAAAGGGAAAAUGAAAAAGAACCCUCGUCAAUUUAUAAAAUAGUCUCU